GCUGUGGGUCUUCCGUAUUUGGGGUGAAUUGUCUUAUAAAUCUUUCUUCAUAUUAUAUCAUUUUAUUUUGAUCCACACAGGCGUUAACAUCUUUGGGAGCAACAUGAGUAUUUCUUUAAUACGCAAACAUCUGAACGAGAUGGGGACCCUUAAGCUCCGAUCGUCCAUGGGUCGGAACUAUAUUCCCAUGGCCGGUCCUCCUCGAUUUCCGAUGAGUUCAGCGCAGCGUUUGAUCUUUGGUUGCGGUUCCUUGGUUGUCAUGAUGAUCAUUCCCUUCUACUGCCUCUUCAGCCUGCCCCGAUGGUCGAGGAUGCAUUUGGGACUUCCGCCGGAGGAGGACGAGCAGGCGGAGGAGCCUCCACCACAAGAGGAAAAGGACAAGGAGAAGAAAUAGAUCCCUGAUCUUACGACACGCUUUCCUUUAAACGGUGACUUCUGAAUAACACUUUCCUGGGGUUUCCAUAAAAAGAACUUGCAACUGCGUGGCGCUAUUUCUAUCAACAACGCAGCAUAUUAAAAUUGCGCCAUAUCGAUCGUUAAAAUAUAAUUGUUCAUUUUAUUGGCGCAUCAUCUUUAGUGUAUGUAGUGUGUGGUUAAAAUCCAAUCUCAUGUGCUACCCACUUUUAGUGACCAUCGUAAAAUGGCACCCUCGUCGAUAGUGAAAGUGAGGAGGCCAUGCUAAAUCAUACUAAAUCAAGCUGACUUGAUUUAGUUUACACCCCACAAAUAGAUCCGCUUUGAAGUCUGCCCACCAAUUGGGGAUCCACAGUAGCACCGCAGACAAUAAACCAUCCAUUGUCCGCGUCCAAUUAGUUGGCUUAAACACCUUUAGCCAAGAGCCAAGCGAGCAAGCUCCUGUGGAAAUGCUCCUCCGAAGCCGCAAGACCAAUUUCCUCGGCUGCCUGCCACAAAUCAAAUUGCUGGAAAACUAAACAAACCAAAAAAAUAAAGUAAAACCCCGAGAAAUACGAAAAACCCAAACAAGCCGAGGAAACCCAAAAAGCAAAGUGCCUACUUUCAUU